CCUGCAUCCUGGGCGGCCGGGCCAACAACAUGAGGACCAAGAAGAAGAGCUUGUUGGUGGUCGUGGUCUUCGUGCUAUUCAGUUUCUCCUGCUUCUGCAUUUCCAGGAUGGCCCAGAGCAGGAACCAGCUAAUUAAUUGUAGAAACCAUAUUUUGGGGUUUAAGGAAAGCCUACUCAGUUUAAAAAACAGAAGUGAAAAAAAUACCCGAGACAUAAUGAAAGCCUUGAUUCAAAUGAAGCUCGAGAUCACUCAGAAAGGAAAUUUGUCAGAAAUCCUAGAUGAAAAGAAAGUGGAUAUACUGAGUAGGAAUCAAAUAAUAUCUGACAGAUUUGAAGCCUUCAAGUUCUUUUUUCCUCAUUUAAGAAACAUGGGAAAAAUUUAUCCUGAUGUUAUCAUUAGCAAAGGGAAAUCAGGAGCUUCUUUUGCACUGGGUAUCCCCACGAUGAGAAGAGGAAACCAUACUUACCUGAAGCAAACACUGGCCUCUGUCAUCUACAGAAUGACGCCUACCGAAGAGAAGGACUCCGUGGUGAUUGUCUCUGUUUCUGAUAAUAAUGAAGAUUAUUUAAAUUAUGUUGUUGGCAUGAUCAAAACCACAUUCAAAAGGCAAGUGAAAUCUGGAUCCUUAGAGGUCAUUUCAGUACCUACUUUUCUUUAUCAAACCCUGCUACAAGGCAAGCAAAUGGCUUAUGAGUCAGACCAAAUUGACAGCUGGAAAAUUAAACAAGUAUUGGAUUUUUGCAUCUUGAUGCUGUAUGCCCAGCCCAAGGCCAGGUAUUAUUUGCAGCUAGAAGAUGAUAUCAUAGCAGAAAAGAUGUACUUUACAAAAAUGUCAAAAUUUGUAAACAGUAUCAUUCCAAAUGAUUGGCUUUUAAUAGAGUUCUCAAUACUUGGAUUUAUAGGAAAUCUCUUUAGAUCAGAGGACCUAUCUGAAUUUGUCCACUUUUUUUUAAUGUUCUACCAAGAAAAACCUAUAGAUCUACUCUUGCAUGACAUUUUUAGAAUAAAGAAUUGUCAUGACAAAGCUCAUGAUUUAAAGAAUGAAAGAUGUCUCCAGCAGAACAAGAAAAGGCGUAUUCAGUAUAAACAUUCUUUGUUCAAGCACGUGGGCCUCCAGUCAUUGCUCCUUGAGAGACAGCAAAACCUCCAGGAUUACUGGAAACUUCAUAAAUCUGGCAGCUCCAUUAAAGUAUUAUCUAGCUCAUUCUUUGGGAAAAAUGACAUAGCAUGAAUAAGAUCUUCUC